AUGGAGGUAAAUGCUGGGAGAAUUCCUCUUCGGCUGCGCAAAGUCUCCAUCCCAAUACCCAGGAUGUUCAAGCUUUUCACUCUGAGCAUUCUUCUGUGUCUCCUGGUCCCUUCACGGGGAACCACCCCAGGAACCGUGGUGAGAAUCAACCAAGAAGCCCUUGAGUAUGUAUGCCAACAAGGGAAACCGUCCCUGCUGCGGGGCCUAGAAGUCAUCAAGAUCCCAGGUUUCAGCCGUGGGCAGAUUUUUGGAUCACUUUUGAAUAUUGUGGGCUUGAUUGCUCCCUUGGAACUGAAGCUGGGAUCCUCUAUCAAUCUUGAUGUCCGGGUUUUGCGCAGUUCUGGCGGCUUCCCCAUUCUGAGCAUCACUGCCUGCAAGUCCCUUCUGGGAGAUGUCCAAAUCAUUCUUGGUGGAAACAAUUUGCUGGGCAUCCUGAAACCUAUUCAGGACCACAUCCGUGCCGUCUUGGUAGACAAGGCCGAGGCCCAAGUUGCCAGAGUCUUGGAAGGAUCAGGGCUAAGCCAAGAGACACAGCUGGUUCUACUCAUGCAGAUGUGUCUGAGUGUCUCCAAUGUGGUUUUGGGACUGAAUGCCAAGCUGGGCACCUUGGUUGGUGUGAAUCGCAUCAACCCCAUGUCCCAGCUCCAGUUCUCCAUGCUGGACUCACCUGAGAUCACCAGUGACUACAUUGAUCUGGAUUUAAAUGCUGCCUUUGCGUUGAUGGGAAAGCCCUUAGAUGUCUCUUCUGGCCACCUUCCCCCCUUUUCUCUGCCGCCCCCUCGGAUGAAUUCUCGUGACUCCAUGGUGAACCUGGGCAUCUCGGAGCACCUGCUCACCAAUCUAUUUGGCAUCUUGAAACAAUCUGGAGCCCUUAAUUACAACAUUCAAGACCCAUUGAAUGCCAAAGGGUACCGCCUCACCACCUCCAUGUUGGAAUCAGCCAUCCCUUCAAUCAGACAAAGGUAUCCACAGGAGCUUGCUAUUGGUCUCAAUGUGGUGCUGAGCAAAUUCCCCAUCAUCAGCUUCCACGAGGGUGCCGCUCUCCUGCGUCUCCGUCUCUCUGUCCAAGUGAUAGUGGACACAGCAGGACCUUCCUCGCUGAGCCAGAACCUCUGCGCUCUGGGAGUGGACCUGAGUUUUGGCCUCAAGCUGGAUGUCACAGUAACAAGCCUUAAGGUCUCAGCUGCCUUGCGAGGAGAGGUUGGUCUGGAGGUAGAGUCUUCCAGUAUGAAAAUUGAACAGAUCUCCCACUUGAGAAAAGUAAUUGUCCCUGUACUGGAGAAGGCCUUCCAGCUUCAUCUGAAUGCUGCCCUGAGUGUUGGGAUUUCUCUUCCCAAGCUGAGCAAUGUCCAGUAUGUUGAUCCCCAGAUAGAGAUUCAUGAGGGUUAUGCUCAGGUCAACUGUGACCUCGACUAUGUGCCCUAA